CAUAAUCAAAUUAGCUCUCUAAAAUCCCUAAAUCUUUGUUCAACUUCAUAAAAAACCCUAAAGCUCCUAUUUUUUCUCCAGCAACCAGUUAAUCAAUGGCGAUUCUCUCCGAAUACGAAGAGCAAGAUCACAAGAAGCCGUCGUCGUCUUCGGUGGCGAAGCCUUUUAACGCUGCCCUCGACCCCUCUGAUCCGUUGGGGUUUCUGGAGAAGGCGUUUGAGUUCGUCGCGAGGGAGAGCGAUCUGUUCAAGAGCGAUUCGCUGACGAGGGAUAUCAAUGCGGUGGUGAGGAUGGUGAAGGAUAAGUUGGAGGGGGAGGAGAGGAAAAAGAAGGAAGCAGAGAAGAAGGCGGCCCCGGCCCCUGCCCCGGUGAAGAAGGAAGAGAUUGUGAAGGUGAAAGAGGAGGCCGUGGUGAAUAAGGAAGCACAAAGUAAACCUGAAGAAGAGACUAAGGGGCCUCGAGCUCCUAACAAGUUGAACGGUCUUGAUAUGGAUACAUACUCUUGGGGUCAGUCUCUACAAGAGGUUAACAUUUAUGUUCCUGUGCCACCUGGAACGAAAUCAAGAUUUAUUGUGUGUGAAAUCAAGAAGAAACAUCUGAAAGUUGGGGUCAAAGGCCAGCCGCCAGUUAUUGAUGCUGAACUAUUCAAUUCUGUCAAGGUUGAUGACUGUUUUUGGAGUUUAGAGGACCAAAAAACUGUCUCCAUUCUGCUUACCAAACAAGACCACAUGGAAUGGUGGAAGUAUUUGGCGAAGGGUGAGCCCGAGAUUGAUACUCAGAAGGUAGAACCGGAAAACAGCAAAUUAGGUGAUCUGGAUCCGGAGACUCGUUCUACUGUGGAAAAAAUGAUGUUUGACCAACGUCAGAAGCAAAUGGGCCUCCCAACAAGUGAUGAGAUGCAGAAGCAAGAGUUGUUGAAGAAGUUCAUGGCAGAGCACCCAGAAAUGGACUUCUCAAGGGCGAAGAUCAACUAAGGAUACAACUUUCAAGCAUAUAAUGCCAUUUUGUGAAACUUGCCUUUUGCUUUCCCCGUUAUUAUUUCUGGAUUUCAUUCUGUAGAACUAAUUUCUCAGACUAAGAAUGGCCUUUCUCUAGUCGUAUAUAUACUUUUGUUUUUUUUGCAA